CAGUCGCCUGCCAUCAUCAUUAUGACUUGACCAAUUGCUUGAGGGCAUGGACGCGAGUAAGGAGUUGCCAAUAGUUGCGUUCAUGGUCGAAUGAUCUUCCAAGUAUGGGUAUUCAUGGAAUCUAUAAAGAAAUCGGCCCAGGCCAACGCAUAGCUGUGAGCAAGCUCGCUGCCGAACACUACGUCUCUCACUCUCGGCCUUUCCGCUUGGCUAUCGACAUCAGUAUCUGGCUGUUCCAAAUCCAAUCUGGAAAAGGCGGCACCAAUCCUGCCCUCCGAACCUUCUAUUAUCGCCUCUUGCGUCUUCUUUCUCUCAACAUCCACCCGCUCUUCGUCUUCGAUGGUCCUAACAAGCCCACCUGGAAACGGAACAAGAAGGUCGGAGGCCCAAAUGUCCGAGUAUCGAGUGUGCCCGAGUUCCUAGCCAAGCAACUUCUCAAGCACUUCGGCUUUCCACUCCACUACGCGCCAGGUGAAGCUGAAGCCGAGUGUGCUCUUCUUCAAAGAGAAGGAAUCGUGGACGCUGUACUCAGCGAAGAUGUUGACACCCUCAUGUUCGGGAGUGGCAUGACGCUGCGGAGCUGGACACCAGAACAGAAGAGCAGCAAGACGCCUACACACGUCAAUGUCUACAGAGCAGACAGUACAAUGGAAACGAGCGGACUGGAUCGCAAUGGCAUGAUUCUCGUCGCCAUGAUGAGCGGAGGAGAUUACAUCACCGAGGGCAUCCCUGGUUGCGGUCCGAAAUUGGCUUGCGAGGCUGCAAGAGCUGGUUUUGGUGAUGAGCUGUGCCGACUAGACAAGAAAGAUGUUGAUGGACUAAAUGCGUGGAGAGACAGACUCCGCCACGAAAUCCGUACCAACGAGAGCAAACACUUUCGUCAGAAACGCCCUGGUCUGACCAUUCCGGAUUCUUUCCCGGAUCAAAAAGUCCUCAGCUACUAUACCCAUCCGUGCAUAUCAGCUUCCGAUAAAAUCGCGAAGCUCAAGGAUACGCUCAAAUGGGAUAUGCCGCUCGAUUACCCUAGUCUCAGAGACUUUGCGGGUGACGCCUUCGACUGGCGAUGCAUCGGCGGUGCUAAGAAGUUCAUUCGCAACCUGGCCCCUGCUGUACUUGUUCGAGAACUCAGAAUGCGCGGCGAGGCUCCAGCCGCCAUUGACGACGCCUUGUCCACUCAGGAAGCUAGGGAGUCUUCCCUCAUCAAUGCUAUUCACGGCAGACGUCUGCAUCCGACUACAGACAACAUACCCGAGCUUCGGAUCAGCUUCAAGCCGAUUGAGCUGAUCGAUAUUGAUCUUAGCAUCGAAGAUCCCGACGAAGAAAUUCCCGAGGACGAAGAUGACUCGGAUUCCGAACCUUUGCCUACCGAAGAUGGUGAAUGUCCAGGAUCUCCAAAGAAAAAGCGCGGCCCUUCAACUUACGAUCCAAAUGUUCACGAGAAGGUCUGGUUACUCGAUACUUUCGUGCGUCUCGGUGCACCUCUGAAGGUCCAAGAUUGGGAGGCCGGUGCAGGCGCGCCCAAAUCAAAGCCUAUAUCACGACCUCGCAAAGCUGUCAAUGCUGAAGCGCCUACAAGUCGCAGACUUGCUGCUGCAAAGAAGACUGGAGGUAUGCAGAGAGGCGCUUUGGACCAAUUUACCAAGACUACCAAGCCAGGUGUAGAUCGCACGGCUCAAGCAAAAUCCAAGUCACCAGAAUAUGAGGAGUUGGACCUGUCAAAGAUCGAUGCUCUAGCGAAGGAGAAGGUGAUCUUGCCAGCUGCGAGGCCAGCGCCUCUGAGCAAUUCGUUCAGAGCCAGAGCAUCUGUGGCUGACCUGGAUUUGAUCGAUGGAACAAAAGGCAGGGCGCCAUCGAUUCCCGAGAUGGACCUCAGUAGCGAGACAACCAUCUCAAAGAAGCGGUCUUCAAAGCGGCCUUCGCCAGAACCUUCGUCUCCUCGUAGGAGAGCAAGACCAAGGAUCUUCUCACCCCCUCGAGAAACAUCCGGACCAUCGGAAGUGAUCGACCUUCUUUCAUCAUCCCCUGCGAAACCAACUUCGCCGAAAGCACCCGUGGCACAACCAUCAAGCAUUAGAGACCACUUCAAGCAGUUCAGCAAGCCAGCAACGUUUUCUCCAGAUGGGGCUGAUGUCGUGGCGCCUCUACCUGACACGGUAACUAGGAGAAGGAGGAGAUCGCCCUUGAAACGGUACCAGACAGCGCCAACCACAGGCGCGGAUGAUAUGGGAUCCCCUACCCUCCGGCCUUCCACACCUCGCGCUUUUGAGAUUGAGGCGAUCGACUUGGCUUCACCAGAAUCUUUACCCAGCCUGCCUAGGUAUGGUGGGUUUCAACGAGUCUCCGACAAGACACGUGAGGCAGUCGCACUUUCUACAAUGCCAACACCAAGCGAUCGAUCAACUGUACGAAGAAUCGUAUCAUCGAAUACUGAACAGCCAUUUCCUGUCCAGGAAGAGAUUGGAGUCCAAGAAAUUUCGUCCUCCAUGCCGACGCCGCCGUACGAACCUGAGGCACCGAAUGAGAUAUUUGCUACCCAACGACCAGUCAUCUCAGUCUCCGCCUUGCUCCCAGUCAAUAAGCGGCUUCGCGACAGAAAAGUCGAUGACGUGGCUGUCAAACUCACUGCGGCAGUCACAAAAUCAUCUUCGACUCCCGCGGUUGCCAACACGAAGGUGGUUCGAUCUCACACGUCCGAGGUGGUGCAAUCGAAGCCCGUGGCUGCACCUGAGAAGGCAUUACGAACACAGACGAAUAAAGUGACCAAGCGUUUCAUCCAGCCGCGAGAAAGUUUGCCCGGUGCGUGGAAGGAAGUCGCAAUGGAGGUCGAUCUUACUGCACCCACACCCAAAGACCGACGAGUGUACCGUAAAAGUGGUGUCGAAGAGUUGGAUCUCACGGGCGACUGAGACUUCCGGAGAGCAUGUUCCUAAUUCUUUAUCUAUAUGUCCAGCAUAGAGGAGCAAGGAGUUUGUUUGUUUUAGCAUAUGGGUGGAAACACAAGGCGUUCUUCUGGUUCUGGCUUUUGGGAUAUACCCUUUUCUUUUCUCUAAGCAUUCAACUUUACUGCAUGACUGUUAGCUUUGCAUCAAUCAAUAUUGCAUUCUCAUUCUC